AUGCAUACUGGUACCAAUAAUAGUAAGGCAGUGUCACUCAUCGCCAUCACAGCACUUCUGGCAGCGUUCCAUAUCCAGCUGGUACUUGGAUGGGGGACCCCUCUACCGUUUCGAGUCCGCCAGUUGGGAUUGCAAGCGGUUGGCAACAAUAAUAUUUUGGGGGGUAGUACCAACAGUCAAGACGAAGAAAACAACCAGGUGAGACCUGUAUCCCCCAAAACACAAUCAUCAUCCAACCAGAAAUCACCCAAAAAGUCGCCCGGUCGUUGGAUUGAAGCAGAUCAGUUGAAUGGGAUCAAAGAACAAGUGAACCUGGUCGAUUUCUUGGAGACAGGCUAUGAUUUAGAUCAGUUCAGGAGAACAGGUCACCAUCGAGCCACCGCGGUUUGUCCCUUUCACAAGGAUCAAGACCCAUCUCUUAGUUUUGAUGGAAAUAGAGGACUCUACAAGUGCUUUGGCUGUGGAGCGGCGGGUGAUAUCUUUCAUUUUGUCAGACAGUACCACAAAACGACCCAACAGGAAGAACUGCCAUUUAUCAAUGCGGUGCGAAUCGUCGACAAUUAUCUAUCCGGAAACCAUGACCGUCGUCCGAAAUCCAUUGCUGCUGCUGCUAGUUCCACUGGCGGAACUUUGUCUACCACCACGACGUUGUCCACCAUUAGUACGAAGGAAGACAUUGAAAAGCGAAAUCGCAUUUUUGCCAUGAACCAACAUGCCGCGGCCUUCUACGCCAAAUGCUUGACAUUGCCAUUUGCUGGGGUGGCCAGGUAUUAUCUGCAAUCCAGGGGAUUCGUCACACCCGAUGCUGCACGAGCAUUUGCUCUAGGGUAUGCUCCGGACAUGUAUUUUGGAAACAAUCUACACAAUGCCAGAAAUCAAACCACCAGUCUGGUGCAGCAUUUGCAGACAUUGAACUUUACAGCCAAACACAUUCUAGAAUCGGGAUUGGCCAUUCAAAAAAGGAAAUCAGUCAAUAACCAAAAGCGACCAAAGAAAGCAAAUGUUGGAACCAACAGUUCAGGGCAUUCAGAAGAUUCAGAAGAAGACCAAGUGCUAUACUCUUCACUUAUGGACCGCUUUCGGGGGAGGCUCGUCGUCCCAAUCUUUGAUCGUACAGGCGAAAAGGUGGUGGGCUUUGGAGGACGGGUUCUACCGGUAUACAAUGAACCCGACAACGACAACAACAACGACAACGGCAAAAAAUUCAAGGCGCCAAAGUACCUCAAUAGCCCCGAAACGGCAGUCUUUCAAAAAAUGCAGAUUCUGUAUGGACGUCACAUUGUCAUGGAGCAUUACAAACUACAGAAAAGCAACAACGACAACAACAAGCCCCUUCCAGUCAUCUUGGUGGAAGGCUACAUGGAUGUCUUGGCCUUGUGGGAAAUUGGAAUCAAGACAGCCGUGGCAACCAUGGGAACGGGCAUUUCCAUGGAUCAAGUAAAUGCCGCUGCGAGAAUGGCAGCUUUGAAUGGAGGCCGUGUCGUGUUGUGUCUCGACAAUGACGAAGCUGGCGUUGCAGCGGUAGAACGCUUGUGCAGUGGAGGAAUGCUCGAAAAGGCAGCAAGCUCUAAUGGAGUUCAGUUUUGUGUGGCAAGUCUCCCGGCAGAUGUCAAAGAUCCUGGUGACUUUGCGGAGUUGCGCAGACGGAAUGCCAAGGCGAAAGUUGGGGCUGCCUUUUGCAAAGAGGUCCUUGAUCCGGCAGUAGAAGAUUGGUCCGAUUGGUACCUCGAUCGAUUGCUUGAACGUUGUGAUGCAGGGUCAACACGAGAGAUGGCCGGGGGCUUGGGGGAUACGUUUGAGAGAGUAGCUGACUUCCUAUCGACCUUUUCCAAUCCAGCAGAUCGUACGAGGAGUGCAUGCGUGGUCGCAAAGAAAAUGGCAAGCAUGAUUGCCAAGGACAACAAUGUCACUGCAGCGUCAAAAGCGGUGAGCUCGCAACUAGAGUCUGACUUAAUUGAUCGCGCUUCGAAAAGGGCCAACGAGAGGGAGAAGAAGAGUCAAACGCGUCCCACAGAAUCCGACAUGCAAGUGUCGGCUUCACAAACGCACUCGGCCCUUUCAAUGCAGUCAUACCAAAAGCCUGCCCCAGAUAUCGACAAACUAUCCAGGAAAGCACGGAAUCAGUUGACACAGAAAGCUUCACCACCUCCUGGAACACGCGAGCGCAACCAGGACAUGGAGUCGCGAACAGUUUUGCCACGACAUGAAAGUCUGCAACGAACAACGCCCUCACCACGCGGGAACAGAAGGCCUCAGAAAACACAAUCAUAUCCUCCACCUCCUUUGGCUCCUCAUUUCGCCGGCAUUCACUUUCAACAUCAAAGCGACUCUGAUUGGCUCGGCACAACGGGAAACAGUGGCGGCAGCAUUGACGUUUUGGGUAGUCCGCACUAUCCCCUUGGCAACAACAUCAAGCAAAAAGACACCAAGCCAGUGUAUUUCCUUUCAAACGAAUACCUUGGACAUUUCGAAGGAAACUCUGCGAACUCCAAUGGGCUGUCAAGAACAACGGACCAAGGCUUAGCAACCCUGCCGCGGCGAGACGAUAGACGCUCGGUGGAAGGGGCAGAGGAUAUGUUGCUGCAUUCCAUGGUCUCCAAUUUCCCUGAUUCGUGCAACGCGCUUCAGGAGUUUGUGCGUGCACAGUCGUUUGUCAGCCAAGGCAUCGACAUCAUCGAAUGGAGCAAUCCCAACCGCAAGUGGCUAUUCAAUUCUCUGCUAGACGAUAACACCAUACAGCAGAACGACGCAUAUGUUUGGGGCGUAUGGGAUCUGCGAGCUUGGCUUGCUUCGAGGGAUGAUGCUCCUCAAGGGGCCUUUCGACGAAGCACGGAAAGUGAGAAUGGUUUCGGAUCCAUGCACAAUACGUCAGACCCAAUUCACGAGACGGUCAAUGGCAGCUCUCGAAGAACGUCACAGGGGUCACAGGGGUCACUCGAGCACUAUUUCUCAGACGAGCCAAUGCUCCACGAACACCCAUCUCUGAACACCUCCUCCGAUUUGAAACUUCGACGAGAAAAAGGUGUCUUGGCUACACAGGAACAUUUCAUCGCGCUUCUUGCGGCCAACGCAGCAAUGAAAGUCACGUCGAUUCAAGGCGAUAUCAAGUCGGUUGCCUUGGUGCUUGAUGCGAGAUCACGUUUGUCUAAAGGGCAGCCGUCAAAAGUGCAGCAGAACACUUACCAAGGGCAGUUCGGGGCCACAGAUGUAUUAGAAGUUACGAAAUCUCAAUCGUCAUCCAUCCAAAAUAAUGAAGAGCGGGAAGAGGGGAGGUUCCACCACAUGUCUACUGAGGACAUCAAAGAGCUGCACUCGGACCUGAUUGGUGCAUUGCAAGAAGCUAUGGAGAUCCGGCAUCAAUUGGAAACGUCGCUGAGUCGAAUCCGGGCACGACUGAUUCGAUUCAGCAGUUCAACUUCUGGUAGCGCAGCUGAAGGGACGAUGCCAGUGGAUCUCGCAAUGAAACUUGCCAAUGACCUAGACAGUCAUAUGGACCAAAUGGAAGAGGGAGGGAAGUGGAUCGGCGACGCCGAUUUGAUUGAACUAGACGAUCGCCUGGGGAAAAGGGACCUGUUGGGGUUGCCUAUAAAAGACCAGCUUGCUCAGAUUGAAAAGACGUGGGGAGAGUGGUGUUUUGAUGACUUCAUGUGGUCUCCAGAUAAGGCAGAUGAGAAGUCUCAACGAUAUACUCGGCAAGUCGAUCUUCUAUCAUUCAACGACGACGAAGCAAUUCGCGAGACACUCGAGGAAAGUCUGGAGAGAAUAGACAAUGAUUGGAAGAACUGGGAGGAUUGA